AUGUCGCGGAAAAGGCGGCGAACAUUUAAUGUAGGCAGGGAAUGGAGUACUGACUGGAAGGAAUUGCUCCUCUGUGCAACACACAGAUAUUGCCUUUUUGCUGUUCUGAGUCACAGUGUUUGACUUCCAUUUGUUUUCUACACUGUUAAUUUGCAAGCACAAAAAACUCUUAGGAGGCUGAACUUCUCAGUGAGCUUGAUUUUAGCAGAAGCCUGUAAAGCACUUAUUGAGGACAAGGUGUCCUUCUGAAGGAAAAUGUCAUUCAGAGAACCCAACUGCACAGAGUACAUCACACAGAACUACUGCAUCACCUGCGCCCUCACAGCCGAGGAUGCCGCCUGCUCCCUUGCCUACCUAAUGACAUUGCACAAAGAGUUCGAGACCUUCGAGUUUUUCUUCAGGGAGCUAUUCAUGCUCCAGAAAGUCUACCGUGUUCAUAUGGAUGCCAUUCAAGGAGCCAUUUCCCUUCCUGCAGGCAGCUGCUUUCUCAGUGCCUCCUUCAUUUCCUGGGCAAAGAGGGUGAUCUAGGGAAGCAUCUCUCACCUGUGGACUGACCUUCACUGCAUGAGAGACCUGCUUGGCCUUGGCCAUGCCCUGGUGCUACUCAACUCCUGUGGUCAGGACCUCUCCGUGAAGCACAACAGGGAGAUCAUCCAGCUGCUGAAGGGCUUUGGGGGCAAGAACAUCAAACCCAGGGUGCUUCCACCUCCCCAGGUCACCACCUGCACCAAAUAUGUGCACAGGGAGCAAUUUUACUCUUCCUUUUCUUUCAUGCUGUGGACAUUUGUGUGCAAAUGUCCUCUGAUCGUCUGUUUUGGCUCUGUGUCUGUGGCCAUCACCUGAUUCUUUGUGGGGUUCGUGCUGCAGGACCAGCAUCUUCUCCAUCUGCUGGCAUGGCCUGAGGACACCAACAGCCCUGAAGGGCUGUUCUGGGUAACACCCUGCAGGAUUCCAGGUGCACAUGCACAUACACAUGCAGAAGCAUUAUCUGAAAUUGAUUUUGGCAAAAUCUAG